AUGACGCACCUGGAGGACCUCCGAACGGUGGCGGCGGCUGGGACAUUACCCCAGGCUGUCCGCCAAAGGGCAGUGAGGCGGAAGUUGACGGCGUCGGUUGUAUUCAAGGCCAUGGGGAGGGCUAUCAAUAAGACUGUCAUGGUUGUGGAAUUGAUCAAGAUACUCCUGAUGGCUCUGAGGAGGAUUGUUGGCCUCCAUCAGAAUACCACCACUGGAUCUACUGAUAUUACUGAUAUGUGGGAGCCAUUGGAGGAAUGCCUACUUCUGCUUGAGACAACAAGACAUGUCUCUAUGAUCACUAUAACUCUUUCAAAGAAGGAGGUGGACACAUCAUCUAUCGGAUAUCAAUCUCCUUUGCCUGCUGAUGAAGUGAAGCCUUUGGUUAAAUGUGAUAAUGAUGAAGAUGCACACUCACCUGGUGGCCGUGGAAGGGGUCGUAGUGGUCGAGGCCGUGGGCAGGGCAGAGGUGGACGUGGAAAUGGGUUCAAUGUGUUUGCUGAUGCUGGUUGGGAAGACGAUCACGCCCCUGCAUAUAUGGGAAAUGGAUAUGCCCGUGGAAGAGGUCGCAGUUUCAGGGGUCGUGGCAGGAGAGGCGGCUACAAUAACCAGACUGAAUACAAACAGGACGGAGGUUAUUAAGAGGAGGCACUUGUUCAUGCUCCAGCUUUAGAUUUUCACCAUUUGUAAUGGAACUGAAACCAGCCUCUCAUCGAAGUGGAAACCUUUUUUUAGUCGUAAACAUUUACAUGGUUUAUCCA